ACCACUCUCUACCACUACUUCUACUUCUGUUUCAUUCGUUCUGGAAUCUCGCAAACUUUUUUGUUUACUUCUUCUCAAACUUACAUAUAUUAACCUUUCUUAUACUAUCAUGGCUUCCAGGGUGGUUUUUGUUUUGUUGAUGGCGGUGAUGUUGCUUGCCAUCAACUGUAACUGCACCAGUGUUGGUCACAUGCCUUCCACCAAAGAGGAAGGUCGUGAUUUUGACGAGGCUAAAGCCAAGACCACGCAAACAGCCAACAAGGCCAUGGACACUGGUAAAGAGGGGAAAGAAGCUGCAGAGUCAUGGACAGAAUGGGCUAAAGAGAAAAUCACCGAGGGACUUGGCUUCAAACAUGAUCAAGAACCCAAGGAAUCCACCACCAACAAAGUCUCUGACUGUGCUACGGAUACUGCACAGAGAUCAAAGGACUGUGCAGCUGACACUGCAAAGAAGACCAAGGACUAUGUUGGUGAUGCUGCUCAGAAGACCAAGGAUUCUGCCACCGAUGCUGCCCAGAAGACUAAAGAUUAUGCUGCUCAGAAGACCAGCGAUGCUGCCAAAAAGACGAAAGAUUAUGCUGCUGAAAAAACCAAGGAAUAUGCCAGUGACGCUGGUGAUGCUGCCAAAAAGACGAAAGAUUAUGCUGCUGAAAAAACCAAGGAAUAUGCCAGUGACGCUGGUGAUGCUGCCAAGAAAACCAAAGAUUAUGCUGCUGAAAAAACCAAGGAAUAUGCCAGUGACGCUGGUGAUGCUGCAAAGAAUGCUGCAAAGAAAACCAAAGAUUACGGUGCUCAAAAGGUCAGCGAUGGAGCACAGAAGACCAAGGAGUAUGUCAGUGGUACUGCUCAAAAUGCAGGGCAGAAUAUCAAAGAUUAUGCAAAUGAUGCAGCACAGAAGACCAGAGAGUACACUGGUGAUGCAGCUCACAGGAGCAAAGAAGCUUCUGAUUAUGCCAGUGACACGGCUCAGAAGACCAAAUACUAUGUUGAUGAUGCUGCUCAGAGAAGCAAAGAGGCAUCUGAAUAUGCCAAUGAUGCGGCUCAGAGGAGCAAAGACUAUUCCAGUGAUGCUACCAGAAAAAGCAAAGAUGCUUCUGAUUAUGCCAGUGAAACGGCUCGGAAGACCAAUGAACAGGCCAGUGAUGCGGCUCAGAGAACCAAAGAGAAGCUCCAUGAAUUUGCUUCUGAGGCUGGUCAAUACAGUGCAGAGAAAGCGAGAGAAAUGAAGGAUGCAGCAGCACAGAAGGCUAGUGACAUAGCAAAAGCUGCCAAGAAAAAAUCAGAAGAAGUGAAAGAGAAUAUAAGGGAUGCUGAGCUUUGAAAUGGCUUGAUGGCCUUGAACUUUUAAUUAUACUACAAAAAGUUGUCAAAUUCUGCAGAAAUAAUGUGUUGUGUGUUUGUAUAUGUGGGACUGUUUGUCUAUGGUCAAGGGUGGAAUACUUUGUACUAAAUAUCUAGUAUUUUCUUUUAAGUUUUUUCUUCAAAAUAAUAAUAGAUUUUCUGCA